AGACAGGAAGAGGCAAACAGAAGGGCGAGCGACGCCAAUUACGAUCCGGUACAAAUGGACAUGAGUGAGGUAUAGUGAAAUCACACGCCGAUAAUUUUUAAUUAGUUGCUAAGUAUGAAACAUUCGGACAAUGCCUAAGAAGAUACCACAGUGACUUUACGAGUGCUGUAUGUACAUGCAAAGUCUUAGGCCUGAUACAUAGAGGGGAUAGUAUCCAGUUUUGCAAGGUCAUGUUAAUAAAUCAAUUGGUUAAUACUGUAAGAAAUAAAUAUAAUUUGCAAUGUAGGAAGCAAUGUUUGAUUGAUAAAGGUUCUGUUUACAUUUGGAUUAUUUGGUAUUAUCAGUAUAGUUUGAAUUAUGAUUGGGUACAAGAUGCAUUCGUAAUUUUGAAAGUUGAGCAAAUCUGUAUUUAAUGCUCGUAGCUUAAAAACAAGACAGGACCUUGAAAUCUUAUUGAUCACAGGAUAGGCUAUCAUUCACAUAAUUAAAACUUAAAUGAUAAGUAAAUGGGAAUAGUGCCAUUUCGUGAGACAAUAUUAACACGUAGCUCUGUUGGUAAUACAUGAUACAAUAUCUACGCAUCUCGGCAAGGUCUAUGCUGUGUGAGGGUCUUUCAAGACUACCCCCAAGUCCUAUUCCGAAGACAGAGGAGAGCAAUAACAACAAUUCAUCAAGGGAAUCUAGUAGCGAACGCGCAAACAGUCCUACAACCGCUCAGUCUACUUUUGGCUCAAAAACAGAAUCUUCUCAGGCUUUACCUUCUUCAUCAGACCAGAGGCGAGGCGAUCAUGAGAAUCAUACAAGUUUGAAAGACGAUCAUAGGCGAGGAGACCGUAGUGAUCGGAGUCGUCAUUCAUCUGACAAAAGUCGCCGUUAUGAUGAUCGAAAGCAACGUAAUAACAAUCACAGGGACCGAAGUAGAGAUCGCAGGAAUCGGGAUGACGACAAGCGCAAAACGUCUCUUGGAUCGUCUAAAGACGAAAAAAGUGAUGACAGAGAGAAGAGCGACAAAGAUCAUCAUUACAGGGAUGACCGGAGGGAUCGUAAUCGCGACAGGAACGACAGGGAUAGACGCAGGGAUCGCAGCGACCGUAAUGAACGGGAUCGGCGACACUCCAGGGACGACCGGUCCAAGGAUCGAUAUCGGGACGAGCGUUCGAGUUACCACAAGGAGAGGGAUCGCACGCGGUCAAGGUCGCGAUCCAGGGAUCGCGUGGCACCGCUACCGUUUAGAAUGACAAGUUAUCGCGAGGAAAAGGGACGAAACAAACUGGCUCAGUUGGAGAAACUAGGCAUAGAGUUGAAGCCGCCGGAAGGCGGUGAUAUUAUGAUGCCUGGUGGUAUCCAAGGCGAACAAAACUACUAUAAUCCGUUGGCGACGGCGACACAGGGCAAGUACGCGGAACAGAUCCAGAAGAGAAAGCUGCUUUGGGCAAACAAGACAAAACAGGAUGACGGUAACAGCACAUCGACUGCAGCUUCCACUGCUAAUACGUGGAUGGGAACGACUUUCACACACGAUCAGGAUGGAAAAGUGACGGCUAAGUUCAAGCGACUGAUGGGUAUUAAGGGUGAUCUACCUAAUACAUCGGUGGUAGGAGCCAAACCAGACAUUCUGAAAAAGCAGGAGGAAAUGUUUAAUAAUAUGGAGCAACAAUAUGAAGUAGCGCGAGCUACCACGCACACGCAACGUGGUGUUGGAUUGGGUUAUGCAACCGGUGGCUAUCAAUUCCCACGAUAAAAUACUCUGAAACUUCAGGUCCAUUGUUUAAUUAUAUUUAUAAUAUUGGUAGAUACUGACGCAGAUAGAAUUAUGUUCGCUAUCUUAGCGAUCUUGAAUCUGAUUCGGAUUUUUUUACCGGAUUGCAUUAUUUCUAAGUCUUUCCUGUUGGGGACAAUAGCGAACUACAGCUAAUCCAAGUUCAAAGUUCACCAUACAAUUAUAAUCGAGUUAUGUAUUUUCGCGUUGU